UAUGAAAAAAAUGUUUUGCAAACAAUCUAAAAUUUAAAUAGAUUAGAAAAUAUUUAUAACAUUUAGAACAAUUAAUUUUUUAAUGAAAAUUAGAUACAUAUUUGGCUUCGUAAGUUUGUCCAUAUUAAUAAGUGUUUCUGACAUAUUUAUUUAAGAGGUUUGAAAAAAUCCUAAUUCUUAUGUUGAUUUGUUUUUAAAUUUGUUACUAUUGCAUUCUUCAUACAAUGGAAGGAGUAUGUUUAAUAGUUUUUGGAACAUUUUCCUACCCAACGCAAGCUUAUUUAACCCCCCCCCCCCCAUAUUGAUAGCGUGAAACUUGUUGAAAGAAAUCUUGAUAACGUAGAAUUUGUUGAAAGUAAUCUUGAUAGCGUAGAAUUUGUUGAAAGUCAUGUUGAUAGUGUAGAAUAUGUUGAAAGUCAUGUUGAUAGCGUAGAAUUUAUUGAAAGUCAUUUUGAUAGCGUAGAAUUUGUUGAAAGUAAUCUUGAUAGCGUAGAAUUUGUUGAAAGUAAUCUUGAUAGCGUAGAAUUUGUUGAAAGUCAUGUUGGUAGCGUAGAAUUUAUUGAAAGUCAUGUUGAUACUGUUAAGUUUGUUGAUAGUCAUGUUGAUACUGUUAAGUUUGUUGAAAAUCAAGUUGAUACUGUAAAGUUUGUUGAAAAUCAAGUUUUUCAAAAUUUUUUCAGGUACUUCGUUCUGUUAAUAAGUGAUGUUUACCUUUUCAUUCAUAAACUAACAGCAAUGGAAAACAGCACAAAUCGAUAAAAUACAUGGUGCAGAGAUAUGGUGACAAACACGAGAAACUCAGUUCAAAGAAACAUCAAAAUGAGUCAACUUUUUACAUCUCUCAAAAAUGAUGACACCACUGUUUUUAACCAAGCGUUUAAAUUAAAGUAUAGUGAUUGUGUUGGAGUAGAUUGGAGAACUCUUGGACGUUGGUUAAAUAUUGAAGAAAACUAUUUAGACAUGAUUGAUAAAGAUAAUAGUAAAAGUGGUGAGAAAGCAUAUUCAAUGCUAACUAAAUGGUUACAAAUGAAUUGCAAUCCAACACUUGAUGAGUUGAAAACAGCUUUAAAAGAAAUGAAAAGAAUGGAUCUAGUAAGAAUGGUAGAUGAAUUCACAAACACUGCAAAUUCACCAGAAAUACCUUCAGGAUUCUCUGCCAAUAAAGAUUUGUUAAGAAUGUCUGCUGAACUAAAACAAUAUUAUCUUAAAUAUUAUGGGAAAAUUAGUGAACUUCAACCACUAUUAAAAGCACCUGCAAAUGUUGAUCUAAUGAAUAAAUUUGUUGAUCUAUGUAUUGUUGAUGCAGCGAAGCCACAAAUGGAUGCUGUUUUUAGUGUUGAACGAAAAGAAUUUCUUGAAAAGCAAAUGCAUUAUACACCAAUUCCAUAUAGUGAACUAUUUAUGAACGAAAAAUCGGUAAUAUUAGUAUCUGGAAUUGCUGGUAUUGGGAAAACAUGGUUGCUUAGAAAAUGUUUGCUUGAUUGGUCAAAUGAUUUAAUUUGGAAAAAUGUUGAACUUGUUUUUUAUUUAGAAUGCAGGAGGAUUAAUCAAUAUGAAAAUAUUUUUAGCAUAAAUGAUUUACUAAGCGUUUUCUACAAAGAUAUUAUAAGUAACUUAAAUAUUAGUAUUACCACUGCACUGUUUCUAAUUGAUGGGUUAGAUGAGUUUAAAUAUUUCAAUGAGUUAUCAAAUCCAAAUUUAAAAUGUAAAUAUCCAAUUGUUAAUGUUUUAGCAGAAAUUCAAAACUAUAAACAUUUAGUUGCUGGUAGAGUUUAUGCAAUUGAUCAAUACCAAAGUAUUUAUAAAGAUCAUAGUGAUAUGUUAACCAUUCAAAUAAUGGGGUUUAACAAAAAUGGAAUAGCGAAUUAUGUAGAAAAUCAUGUUAAGGAAGAAAAAAAAGAAUUGUAAAUGCAACUUUAAAGGAAUCUCCAAUUGCAAAAGCUAUGGCAUCUGUUCCUUUUUAUUUAUCUUCUAUGUGUAAAAUUAUCAGUGAUUCAAAAGAAAUAAGUACAAUAUCUUUCUUAACAAUGACAGAUUUGUAUGCAAACAUUUUUUUAUACUUUUUACAAAAACACAUCAUUAAAAACAAUGAAAUGAUUUAUCAGAUAAUGGAAAACGAUUCUAAUAAAACAUAUAUUUUAAAUAUUUGUAAAAUUGCAUAUGAAUUGUUUGUUGUAAAUAAAAUAAUUUUUUCAAAAGAAGAGCUUCAAACUUUUAUUGGUGACUUUGAUAAAAAUGAAUAUUUUUUUGGAUUUAUAGAAAGGAUUGAAACGAAUCUGGGAUGUUAUUAUCAGUUUGCACAUUUGACAAUAAUGGAAUUUUGUGCAUCUGUAUAUGCUUAUAAUUGUUUAAGUAGUGAUGAAAUUAUGACCAAUGAAAAGCUGAAGAGUUGUUUAUCAAUGAUUUGUGGAUUAUCUAAUGCUAGUCAAAAUAGUUUAUUAAAGUU